AUGCACCGCCACGUGCUCCUCCUCAUCACAGCAGCGACCGCCCUCCUCCUCCUCCUCCCCACGGCGUCUUCUUUCUCUAUCGGCAACUCUCUCUCCAACUGCAACCGAACCUUCAGCUGCGGCCCCCUCGUAAAUGUCUCCUACCCCUUCACCGGCAACGACCUCGCCAACCACUGCAGCCCGCCAGAGUUCCACCUCAGCUGCAUCGGCAAUUACCCCGAGCUCACCGCCGGCUCCCUCACAUACCACGUCCAGGCACUCAACGAGACUAGCCGAUCGCUCACUCUCUCAAGAACCGAUCUUAACAACGGCGACGACUGCUUGCAGCAAUACGCCAACACCACUCUCAACUCCACCAUCUUCACCUUCGCUAGCGACAGCAGAGACCUCACCUUGUUUCAUGAGUGUUCGAACUUGACGGACGUUAGCCGCAAUAAUCUGUUCAGUUGCAAGAUCAAUGGGACCGAGACGGACAACUGUUACUUGAUCGGUGCUGUCCCCACUGACCCGAUUCUUAACGGGAGCAAGUGUAAGGUGAGCAUCACGGUCCCAAUUCUGCCGUUCUCGGCGAUCACGCUCACCACAGAUCGGUGGAGGCUCAGAGAGGCUGUGCUGAGGGGUUUUGAGGUGAAUUACACGAAUCCGUACGAGGAUCAGUGUGUGAUGUGUGGUGGGAUUGGUGGGGAGUGUGGGUUUGACUCUGAUCAGGGAAGCCCAUUUGUAUUUGUGGGAUUGAAAAUGAUAGGUGGAGCAUGUGCUAUUGGUGCUUCAAUAUCUACAAUUGCCAUUUUCACAUGGAAGGUUCUACUCUUCAAGAACAAGAAAGAUCGUGAAGUUGAGCAAUUGAUAGGGAUCCUUGGAUCUCUUGUUCCAAGAAGAUACCGAUAUACCGAUCUGAAGAAAAUGACAAAAUCAUUUUCAGAGAAGCUUGGUCAAGGAGGAUCUAGUGCAGUAUAUAAAGGGAAGACCAGAGAUGGUUGUCUUGUGGUGGUGAAAAUUCUGACAGAGUUGAAAAGUAGCCCAAAAGAAUUUAUCAAUGAAGUCAUGAGCAUUAGUAGAACUUCUCACAUUAAUAUAAUCACUCUCUUAGGUUUUUGUUACGAAGGGAAGAAAAGAGCUCUAAUAUUCGAGUACAUGCCUAAUAGUUCGUUGGAUAAGUUCAUAUAUUCUGGAAGAGCUUUAAAUAUGUGUAGUUCCUUGGAAUGGAAGAUACUAUCAAUUGCAAAUGGCAUUACUUGUGGGCUAGAGUAUCUACAUCGAGGCUGCAAUACCAGAAUAUUGCAUUUGGAUAUAAAACCUCAUAAUAUCUUGCUCGAUAGAGAUUUUGCCCCUAAGAUUUCAAAUUUCGGCCUUGCUAAACUUUAUCAUGGGCGAGAGAGUGCUGUAUCAAUUACUAGCAUGAGAGGAACGAUUGGGUUUAUUGCCCCAAAAGUUGCUUGUUGAAACUUGGGGAGAGUCUCUCACAAGUCAGAUGUUCAUAGUUAUGGAAUGUUGGUUCUUGAUAUGGUAGGCUUUAGAAAUUCUAACAUGAAAGUUUCCAACAACAAUGAAAUGUACUUUCCAGGAUGGAUUUAUAGGAACUUAGAGCCCGACAAAGAUCUAAAAUUGCCGAUGAAUGUGACGGAGGAGGAGGAAGUGCUAGCGAGGAAGAUGAUCAUUGUGAGUUUGUGGUGCAUUCAAACCUAUCCAUUCAAUCGACCUCGAAUAGUGAAGGUGAUAAAAAUGUUGGAAGGAAGCUUUGAAUCACUGCAAAUGCCGUCGAAGCCCAUCUUGUAUACUCCGUUGUGA